ACAAUAGUGGCUUCUGACAACGUUCCCAAGCUACACAAUUUCUCUUAACGUGCGUUCUGUGUGUGAAAAUUGGAGUCAUGUUAUAGUGUCGUGAUUAAAAGUUUAGGGAAAAAACAUGGAUUUGUCUCUAGAUAAGGAUUGGAAGAAAAAACUUGGAUUCCAAAUUAACUUCAAAUCGGAUUCCGAAGAAGACCCUGACGUAGCAGAGGUCGUGAUGCGUCGCCCGCCGCCGUCGCGUCGCUCCACCGAUUACUUACUCGAUGACGUCGGCGACGGAGCAGAAGCUGACCUACUAAGCAGCACACCACCUAGAGCGCUUAUCCGGAAAAAAGAGAAGGCUAGAAGACCCCAACCUCGCUUCGCUCAGUCCGAAUACUUACUCGACGUUCUCGGCAACGGAGCGGCAGCUGGCCUACUUAGCAGCACACCGCCGAGAGCGCUUAUCAGGAAAAAGGAGAAGGCUAGAAGAUGGUGUGUUUUUGGCAGGGAGAACAUUGACGAGGCGAGGUUCCAGAAGAUGAUGCGCGACAGAAGAAACACAACCGUCUACGUGUCUUCCAACGAUUCUCCUGUCAUACCAGAGCGUUUAAAAAAGCGAUGGAGCUUAAAACGGUCAACCGACAGAGACUGGAAGAACGAGAUGGGACUACGAGGAGAACCCAAAGCAGACUCGCUGCCUCUUACCGAAACACCAGCCGUGCCUACUCUGGUGGAAUCCUGCAGCCGCUUCAUGUCCCUAACCUCGCGCCUCAAAUGUCGCGCCUCGCACGCCGAGCGAGACAACGAGCGAGAGGCGCCUCAAGAACAGCUGCCAGAGUCCCGGGUCAACUUCCACCGUACCUUCAGCAUGCUUAUCAAUAUGGGGAAUGUUGACAAGGGCUGUAGAAGAACGAUAAGCCGAGAAGAGCAAGUGUGGCAGAACGAGCUAAAAGACCUGAUAUGGCUGGAGCUGCAAGCCAAGAUAGCCGGCCGCUCGCUAGCGCAGCAAGAUCUCUUCCUAUGUUCUCAGAGAAACGUUAUACCUACGCUGAUUAACAAUAUUAUUGAUUAUAAGUUUAUAAAUCCAAAUCCUUGCAAAGGCCGUUCGAAGCGGCUCUGUGCGGCCAACGGGUCCCGCGAAGAUCUCACCAACGAAUACCCUGAUGACGAGACAGAUGAAGACAAGCUCGGCUGUCUCUCGUUCGACUGUCGCCUCUGCUCGUCAGCCAUCGGCGCGGCCAUGACGGAAGUUAGAACCUUGCUGGAGUCCUUCCACCGCGCCGGCGCCCUGUACCCCUCCACGCAGGCCAUGACCGCCGACCACAAGCUGCUGGCGACCAGUCUGUUCCAGAACAGGAUCAAGGUAUUUAGAAGACUCUCCUUCGACUGUCGCCUCUGCUCGUCAGCCAUCGGCGCGGCCAUGACGGAAGUUAGAACCUUGCUGGAGUCCUUCCACCGCGCCGGCGCCCUGUACCCCUCCACGCAGGCCAUGACCGCCGACCACAAGCUGCUGGCGACCAGUCUGUUCCAGAACAGGAUCAAGGUAUUUAGAAGACUCUCCUUCGACUGUCGCCUCUGCUCGUCAGCCAUCGGCGCCGCCAUGACGGAAGUUAGAACCUUGCUGGAGUCCUUCCACCGCGCCGGCGCCCUGUACCCCUCCACGCAGGCCAUGACCGCCGACCACAAGCUGCUGGCGACCAGUCUGUUCCAGAACAGGAUCAAGGUAUUUAGAAGACAAGCUCGGCUGUCUCUCGUUCGACUGUCGCCUGUGCUCGUCCGCCAUCGGCACGGCUAUGACGGAAGAUCAAGGUAUUUAGAAGACAAGCUCGGCUGUCUCUCGUUCGACUGUCGCCUGUGCUCGUCCGCCAUCGGCACGGCUAUGACGGAAGUUAGAACCUUGCUGGAGUCCUUCCACCGCGCCGGCGCCCUGUACCCCUCCACGCAGGCCAUGACCGCCGACCACAAGCUGCUGGCGACCAGUCUGUUCCAGAACAGGAUCAAGGUAUUUAGAAGACAAGUUCGGCUGUCUCUCGUUCGACUGUCGCCUGUGCUCGUCCGCCAUCGAACAGGAUCAAGGUAUUUAGAAGACAAGCUCGGCUGUCUCUCGUUCGACUGUCGCCUCUGCUCGUCCGCCAUCGGCGCCGCCAUGACGGAAGUUAGAACCUUGCUGGAGUCCUUCCACCGCGCCGGCGCCCUGUACCCCUCCACGCAGGCCAUGACCGCCGACCACAAGCUGCUGGCGACCAGUCUGUUCCAGAACAGGAUCAAGGUAUUUAGAAGACAAGCUCGGCUGUCUCUCGUUCGACUGUCGCCUGUGCUCGUCCGCCAUCGAACAGGAUCAAGGUAUUUAGAAGACAAGCUCGGCUGUCUCUCGUUCGACUGUCGCCUGUGCUCGUCCGCCAUCGGCGCGGCCAUGACGGAAGUUAGAACCUUGCUGGAGUCCUUCCACGGCGCCGGCGCCCUGUACCCCUCCACGCAGGCCAUGACUGCCGACCACAAGCUGCUGGCGACCAGUCUGUUCCAGAACAGGAUCAAGGUAUUUAGAAGACUCUCCUUCGACUGUCGCCUGUGGUCGUCCGCCAUCGGCCCCGCCAUGACGGAAGUUAGAACCUUGCUGGAGUCCUUCCACCGCGCCGGCGCCCUGUACCCCUCCACGCAGGCCAUGACCGCCGACCACAAGCUGCUGGCGACCAGUCUGUUCCAGAACAGGAUCAAGGUAUUUAGAAGACUCUCCUUCGACUGUCGCCUCUGCUCGUCAGCCAUCGGCGCCGCCAUGACGGAAGUUAGAACCUUGCUGGAGUCCUUCCACCGCGCCGGCGCCCUUUACCCCUCCACGCAGGCCAUGACCGCCGACCACAAGCUGCUGGCGACCAACAAGCUCGGCUGCCUCUCGUUCGACUGUCGCCUCUGCUCGUCCGCCAUCGGCGCCGCCAUGACGGAAGUUAGAACCUUGCUGGAGUCCUUCCACCGCGCCGGCGCCCUUUACCCCUCCACGCAGGCCAUGACCGCCGACCACAAGCUGCUGGCGACCAGUCUGUUCCAGAACAGGAUCAAGGCGCUAUGUUUGUGGUACAACAUGGCUAUGCACAUGCGACUGAAGAUUCUGUCAGUCCGUCGUCUUUUGGCCACCGUCGGCGCCAAGGGCCGGCCUACUAUGCCCGAGUAUCCUUGCGUCGAACCUAGCAUAGAGGGAAUCCGCAAAGAUCGCGACGCAGAUCAAUGCAGCCAGCGCCAAGUGCGGUUCAACUGCGACAACCCUACGAGCUCCACCAAUAGCGACGAGAGUUGCCCCACGGAGAACCAAUCAGAGGCCGAGAAAGAACCGCUCGGCCAAUCAGAGAGCGGUGCGGAGGAGUCAGGGGUGGCGCAAAGUGAUGGAGAGAAAAAUAAAGAUGAGACUGAUUGUGUUAUUAGGACAGAUGAAACCGGCCAAACUACACCCGAGAUCAUAAUCUCCGACGCAAAAUACAGCACCAACGACACCAGCACGUCAAGCGAGAGCGGCUACAUGUCAGAAAGAGAAAGAUGGUUUAACACCAGUUCAUCCGAGUCUGUGUUCAAUGUUGGAUCGUUGGCUGAUCUGACAAGGCUGAGGCUGCUGGAGAAAUGCGACGUUUCCCCUUAUAGAGAGUAUCACUAUGAGAUCCUGAAGAUCCAGGGGGUACGUCGAUCGAUGAUGUUCAUACACAAGCUGCGCACCAAGUUGCUCAACAAGGUCUACCUCACGUUCCUUCAGCCUGAGAGUACGUUGGACGAAUCCAGUAGAGAAGAGGAUCUGACGGACGCGUCAGACGAGAAAGACGACAAGACUCAAAGGGCUAGGGCAGGAGAAGACGAACAUGAGUUGAGAAGAUUCGGCUGCUGGUCCGAAGAAACCCUUUCAAUGGGGUUACCCUCGUACCGCAACCACUUCCUGUUGCUCAGCAGCAUCUGCAUGGAGGCUGUGCACGACUACCUCACCCUGCGGCUCGAAGGCCGCCCGGAGCAUCCCUCUUGUCUCACUAUCAAGCAGCUAAUCCACGAACUGAAAGAGGGCCUGGACAUCGCGACGACAAUGCGGCAAGCGUUCGUGGGUAACAUAGAAGUGGCGUUGCGCGGCUGCCGCGCUGGUCACGCCGCGAGACAGGACCUGUUACUCAUCAUCAAGACCUUCGACGCCAGCGUGGAAGACGUUUUCAAGCAAUACCUAUCCUACUUAAGUGCCAUGUCGGAAGUCGAGCACAUGCCCCGCUCGUGUCUAGAGGCCGAAUGGAGCUUCGUGGCCCGAGUGGCCGAGCGCGGUUCGUGGGUCAAAGACCUCGCCCCUGUCGCCUUCACUGACAUCGCGUGUAACCAGCUGAAUAGGGUAAUGAAACAGUUCGAGGCCAAGUUAAUACAGGUCCACAAAGUGGAUAAGAACUCAACGGAUCCUAACAGAUAUGUGUUCUACACACUGUGUAGAGAAGCGCAGAGCGUGUUCGCUCAGGAGCGCGAGGCAGCCCUGCAGGCCGCGGCAUUCGCGCGCGCGCUCGCCUCGCACCACGCGCGCGCCAGUCUGGACGCGACGCGAACCAGGCGGAGAAUAUACGAAAGUCUAUUCCUAUUACGAGAGUGCAUCGUCCGACACACCAUGGAGAUCCUCGAGCGAGCCAGCAAGACCCCUUCUGAAGAAUAUCUCCACGAGGUCACAGAUGGUGUCGUGGCUAGGGUCAGGGACCUUCUGUUGCAGAUAUACAGGCUUGGCUUCGAGGUAAGAACCUUUCUCUCUUACGCAGUAUGUAAUAGAAAGAGUAAGGAAGAAUCCUCCCGAAAAAAAGCCAACAAGACCCCUUCUGAAGAAUAUCUCCAUGAGGUCACAGAUGGUGUCGUGGCUGGGGUCGGAGACCUUCUGCUGCAGAUAUACAGGCUUGGCUUCGAGUAUGUAAUAGAAAGAGUAAGGAAGAAUCCUCCCGAAGAAUAUCUCCAUGGGGUCACAUAUGGUGUCGUGGCGAGGGUCAGAGACCUUCUGCUGCAGAUAUACAGACUUGGCUUCGAGCCAGAAAAGGCCAGCAAGGCCCCUUCUGAAGAAUAUCUCCAUGAGGUCACAGAUGGUGUCGUGGCUAGGGUCAGGGACCUUCUGCUGCAGAUAUACAGGCUUGGCUUCGAGUAUGUAAUAGAAAGAGUAAGGAAGAAUCCUCCCGAAGAAUAUCUCCAUGAGGUCACAUAUGGUGUCGUGGCGAGGGUCAGAGACCUUCUGCUGCAGAUAUACAGACUUGGCUUCGAGCCAGAAAAGGCCAGCAAGGCCCCUUCUGAAGAAUAUCUCCAUGAGGUCACAGAUGGUGUCGUGGCUAGGGUCAGGGACCUUCUGCUGCAGAUAUACAGGCUUGGCUUCGAGCCAGAAAAAGCCAACAAGACCCCUUCUGAAGAAUAUCUCCAUGAGGUCACAGAUGGUGUCGUGGCUAGGGUCGGAGACCUUCUGCUGCAGAUAUACAGGCUUGGCUUCGAGCUGCACCGCGAAUGCUACAAGUUCGUCCACGGCAACAGGCCCGCGCCGCGCCGGCAGCGCCCCGCCUCGCUGCAGCCGCCGCGCACGACACUAGUGCGGCCAAGACGGCCGGAGACUAUGCUUGUGCAUGAGUCCGUCAAUCCGAUGAUACACAAGGAGCUACACCGCUUCGUGAACGAGCGGUUCGGCCCCACGUGCCGUCGGCCUCGCGCGCCGCGCUGGCUACUGCGCUCCGAGUCCGUCACCGAGGACGAACCAGACGGGACCUUCGCUGAGAUAGACUAUCCUGAGAUCAAGACGCAAGUGUCAAUAGAGGAGCUCCUGGGCUCCUCUCCCCCGCCCCCGCCGCCCCGCGCGGACGAGGCGCCGCACACAGACGAGGAAGCCUGGAGCGCGGCCGUCGCUCGCGCUAUAGUGUGCUUUGCGCGCUGCUGGAUGCGAUUCGUUUUAGAGCGAUGCGAGCGCGGACGCGGCCGGAGGCCUAGAUGGGCGAGUCAGGGGCUAGAGUUUCUAAUGCUGGCGUGCGAUCCGUACAACACGAGGCAUCUCAGCGAUGAAGAAUUCGAGGAGCUGAAACACCUAAUGGACGGUUGCAUUUCGCACGUGAUUGGGUCGCGCGGCACGACUAAAGGGCCGGAGUCCGAGCCGUCACCGCGGCCCCGACAUCGGUUGCAUAGUCCCUUGCCAAGUCAGUCGGGUGCCUCCAAAGAAAGCUUGACGCCUUCUACGCCGCCGGGCGAGCCCGAGGCGGCACCGAACUUCAACGUACCUGACCCACAUGCACGCACGCGAAGCGUCAUGGAAGCGAUAAAAAAGCUAGACAUGUCGCGCGACGCGGCUUUACGCUCGAUGAAAGCUGUGGGUCGUGUCGCCGAACCGGCCGUGACACACGACUAUGAGCCUCGAGUACGACAGGUCACCUUCAAAUGGCAGCGCGGUUUGAAGAUCGGCGCUGGGACUUUUGGAAAGGUGUACACCGUAGUCAACACGGAAACGGGUCAACUUCUGGCUAUGAAGGAAGUCAGUAUCGCCGCGGGCGACCGUCGGGCGAUGCAACGGGCGGCCAACGAACUUAGAGUACUCGAGGGGGCUCAGCAUCCCCAUCUAGUGCGGUACUACGGAAUAGAGGUUCACAGAGAGGAAAUGCUGAUCUUCAUGGAACUAUGCGUGGAAGGUUCUCUUGAAACCCUGAUCGCUACAUCUGGUGCGUUACCAGAACAAACAGUACGGCGAUAUACAGCGCAACUACUCAGUGCAGUCUCAGAGCUACAUGCGAGGAACAUAGCGCAUAGGGAUAUUAAGAGUGGCAACAUAUUUCUGAUGAACGAAGGCCACUGCCUGAAGUUGGGUGACUUCGGGUGCGCCGUCAAGAUCCGCGCCACCACCACCGCUGCGGGGGAGCUUCAGGGAUAUGUCGGCACGCAAGCGUACAUGGCGCCCGAGGUAUUCAUGAAGUCUGACGGUCAUGGGCGCGCUACAGACAUCUGGUCGCUCGGUUGCGUCGUCACAGAAAUGGCUUCUGGCAAGCGACCGUUCCCCGAAUACGACAGCAACUACCAAAUAAUGUUCGUAGUCGGGAUGGGCGGCCGGCCGCACAUACCCGAGUCGCUCUCUGAAGAAGGACAACAGUUCUGCUUGCUCUGUCUCACACACGACCCGGACAAGAGGCCGAAGGCCGAGGCCCUCAAGUUACACCACUUUCUCAUGGUGAAAAACGACGAAUGCUAUGAAUGCCAGCCCGGAAAGUUCCUAUAAACUGCGAUUACGACCUUCUAUCAAAAACUACCAUCACAUUCAUAAGUAUAAGGCCU